AUGGAGGAUGUAGACAAGUGGAGGGGGGCGAGCUUCAAGCAAGUGGAAAACCACAGCGAGGCGGUGGACGCCCUCCUUGAGCGCGUCAACGCGACCACCAUCCCCGUCCUCCUGCGCAGCAGCAACAAGAGCCUGGAUGACCUCGUCAGUGAGCUGCUGGCGCUCGAGAAGACCGCCCGCCUCGGCGGCGACGCGAUCUCCGCGAAGCGGCUUGUCGUGGAGGUGAUACGCGUGUACCGUGUGCAGGGCGACUACACCAAGAUGCUAGAGCUGCUCGAGAUGCUGAUGCGCAAGCGCGGGCAGACGAAGCAGGCGCAGAGCGCCAUGAUCGCCGAGUGCGCUGUGGUGCUCACCGACGCCGCGCUGCCGCAGGAGCGCCGCCGCGAGGUGCUCGAGCGCGUCGUGCACGUGACGGAGAGCAAGAUACACGUGGAGCUCGAGCACGUGCGCUUCGCUAUCGAGCUCGCGACACUGGUGGAGGCGGAGGGGCAGAAGCGGGCCGCCUGCGACCUGCUUAGCGGGCUGCACGUGGAGACGGUCACCAACAUGCCGCGCGUGGAGAAGCUCGACGCACUCAACCGGCUCCUCCGCCUCUGCCUCGAGCUGAAGGACUACGAGCACGCGCCGCUUGUGUCGCGCCGCAUCAACUAUCGCGCCCUCGCGCGCCCCGAGACACGGGAGGCGCGGCUGACGUACUUCGCCCUCAUGCGGCGCUACUUCGACCACCGCCGGUCGUACUUCAACGUGGCGCGCUGCUGGUACGAGACCUAUCUCGCGGAGACCAACGACGACGCAAAGCUGGCGGCGCUCAGCAGCAUGGCCGUGCACUACCUCAUCGCCGAGCACGCCACGGCGAAGGAGCUCGACGACCUCGCAGAGUGCGCCGCAUUCGCGCCUGCCACGAAGUUCGCCGACCGCAGCGCCGCGAUCCGCGGCAUCACGGCAGCGCUGCAGAAGCAGCUGGAGGACAUCUCGCAGGUGCAGUACCUGCUGCAGCGCUUCACCAGCAUCGAGCUCAUACGCGACAGGGUUGCCGGCGACGUGGAGACGCUCUGCGCCAACCACCCGCAACUCGCUGAAUACCCUGAGCGCCAGCAGCUUCUGCGCAGCCGUUGCAGUGAGCACGACCUCCUUGUCAUCUCCCGAUUCUACCGCCGCCUGCGGCUCGUGCGGCUCGCACAGCUUGUCGGCCUGACGCCGGAGCACACAGAGGAGUUCCUCAUGAUGAUGGUCGCGUCCAAGACGCUCUACGCGAAGAUCGACCGCGUAGACGGCCUCGUCGUAUUCGAGGCGAAAAAGAACGCACCAGAGGUGAUCAAUGGCUGGAAUGAGGCAGUGGAGCGGAGUGUCGCGCUGCUCGAUAAGGCGUCACACCUUAUUGUGAAGGAGCGGAUGCUUCAUAACAUCGCCAAGUCACAGGCGCAGCGGGCGGCCGCCUCGUAA